AUGUUAAUAAUUGCAUUUAUUGGAAUUGCAUUAUCCUAAGAAGUAUUUUGGUCAAAUUAUUCUUUUUAAAGUCCUGAAUAUAUAAAUUUAAUAGCUCAACAAACAAAUUUUGCUAGAAGCUUUGAAGAGUUUGGACAAAUUUUGUAUGAAAUUCUUAAAGAUUAUUAGGAAUUUUACAAUCGAAUAUGAUUCUAAUCAAAAUAAAGACCAAUGUAGUUUUGAAUAUCAAUACUUAAUAUUUAAUUAAAUGUAUAAUGUGUUUGGCAAUUUAGUAAAUGAUUUACAAUUGGUUGAAAUAGAUGAAUUGGAAACCAUAUAAAUAGAAUAAGGAUUUUAAAAUUAAAUAGUUUCUUAUACUAAAAGUGAUUUAACUUUAUUGCUUUUAGAUAGGAAUGGAAGUAUUCAUUAUUUGAAUUUUGAUGAAGGCUCAUUAUUAUUUAAUUAUUCAAAAUUGAAUUUAACUUAUUACAGCUAAACUAAAUAACAUUAACAAUUAUUAAAUGAUAAAGAAACCUUUUAUUAUGUUAAUAAUGAAUAAUUUAGUAAGUUCAUAAUAUAAAAUAAUCAAUUAUAUUAAUUUGAAAUAUUAAAUUGGAAUUAGCAAUAUGGUACAUUUAAGAUUUAGAUUAGAAAUAAUUAUGUUUACACCACUGUCAUUUUUAAGCUUCUUUAUUAAAAUUAAUACUGUAAUUAAAAUAAUAAUUAUUUUAAGAUUACAAUUUUUAUUAUUAUAUAUUUAGGAAUAAGAACUUAGAACAAACUUAUAAUUCAUAUUAUUUUUUUUCUAUGUAUUAUCAAUUUUUGA